AUGACAUUCUUCCGCUGUGGACUCUUCUACGGCCUCAGCCCGCAGACAAACGCUUACUCGACCAUCGUCAAUUUCAACACAGGCACAGGAUUCAGGGACCAGCCCAGUCCUCAGCACUGCGCCAUCAUGUCUGCGUUCCACCACCACCUUGACCUCGCCGGGAGGCGUCGUCUGGGGCUCAUCGAUGUCUACGAAAGGUCGUACCUGUCCGACGAACCCAAACAGGAUGCAGACACGACAAUUGUACCUCCCCAGUUCGCUCCCACGCCCAUGGUGCGCUCAUCUACUCUUUCAUUCUCGGACUCGUCAGUAUCAAGUUUAGGCGGCGACUUGAAAACUGAGGUCCAGCGCAUGCUAAGGGAGACGGAGCAGUCCCAUCACCCCCCUGGGCAGCAGGAACACCAGCCCCAGGAGCUUCUGCAGUCGGAUGGGGAGAAUGGCGACGACGAGUAUAAAGCAAAGGAGAUGUGGCCCCUUUGA